AUGGAUCAGCAACGAUUUUUGCAGCAACUGCAAAUUAUCCUCAAUCCUUCCACCGGGGACUUGAAGGAAGCCACCGGCGUCCUCCAAAAAGAAUACUACAACAAGCCCGAAUCCUUCCUCUUCCUCCUUCAGUUGGCCACCUCACACGAAAGUGAUGACCUCCGUCAGUUGGCUGCCGUCGAGGCCCGCGGUCUUGUAGGCAAAUUCUGGCUCAAAGUUCCUGCAAAUCAAAAGCCUCAGAUCCGUGAACAAUUGUUACGCGGAACUAUGAGCAGCAGCUCUGAACUCGUUCGUCACGCUAUUGCCCGCAUCGUUUCUUCCGUAGCCAAGAUCGACCUUCAAGACGGCGAGUGGGCCGAUUUGCCCAACUUCCUGCUCCAGGCUGCCCAGAGCGGAAACAAAGACGAAAGGGCCAUCGGUGUCUACAUCUUCUUUACCAUCCUGGAGUCUCUAGGAGAAGGAUUCGAAGAUAAGUUCCAGGACUUGUUCACUCUUUUCAGCAAGACCAUCCGUGACCCCGAGAGUGCCGAAGUCCGCAUCAAUACUCUCUUGGCUUUAAGCAAGCUGGCUAUGCACCUGGACUCAGAUGAGGACCCCGCUCCUGUCAAGGCAUUCCAGCAGGUUUUCCCCGACAUGGUCCGAGUUCUCAAGGAUGCCAUUGACACUACUGAUGAGGACCGCAUCAUGCAGGCCUUUGAGGUCUUCCAAACCUUGCUUGGAUGUGAUCCUGCUUUGAUGAACGUCCAUCUUAAGGAUUUGAUCACUUUCAUGAACGAAGUCUCUGCAAAUAUACAGCUUGCCGAGGAUACGCGUACACAGUCAAUUAGCUUCUUGAUGCAGUGCGUCAAAUACCGCAAGCUCAAGGUUCAGGGUCUGCGUGUUGGUGAACAGCUCACCCGCACCGCUCUUCACAUUGCGACUGAACUUGAUGAUGACGACGACGAGGAUGAAAUUACUCCCGCUCGUUCCGCACUUGGUCUCCUCGACAUGCUUGCCCAGAGCUUGCCCCCCAGCCAAGUUGUUGUUCCUCUCCUCCAGGCCCUUGGCCAAUACUUCAACAGUGAAAACCCCGAUUAUCGUCGUGCCGGUAUCUUGGCCUUGGGUAUGUGUGUUGAAGGUGCCCCAGACUUCAUUAGCAGCCAGUUCAAUGAAAUCUUCCCUAUUGUUCUUCACCUCCUCAGCGAUAAGGAACCCAAGGUCCGUCAGGCCACCUUGCACGGUGUUGCCCGCCUUGCCGACGAUCUUGCAGAGGAUGUUGGCAAAGAACAUGCCAAGCUCAUGCCCCUUUUGGUCCAGAACCUCGCCAGUGCUAUGGAGAACUACAAGGGCGAGGAGACUGGCCCUACUGUAAACAUCAUGAAAGCAGCUGUCAGCGCCAUUGAUGCCGUUGUUGACGGUCUCGAUGACAAGGAUGUCGUUGCUUACCAGGAUGAGCUUGUUCCUCUCUUGCACAAGCUAUUCCAACACCCUGACUUCAAGAUCAAGGGCCUCACUGCUAGCGCAAUUGGAUCCCUUGCAUCUUCUUCUGGCGAAGCUUUCCUUCCAUUCUUCGAAAAGUCCAUGCACCUUAUGCAGGAAUAUGCCACCAAGAAGGAAAGCGAGGAUGAGCUUGACCUUCGUGCUAGCAUCAUUGAUGCCAUGGGUGAGAUGUCCGCUGCUGCUGGUCCUCAACACUACCAACCUUAUGUUGAGCCUUUGAUGCGUGCUAGCGAGGAAGCCCUCCAUCUCGACCACUCUCGCCUCAAGGAGAGCACCUACAUGCUGUGGGGCUCUAUUUCCAAGGUUUACGGAGAGGACUUCAAGCCUUUUCUCGAUGGCGUCUUCAAGGGCUUGAGUGCUUGUAUCGAACAGGAAGAAGCCGAUCUUGAGGUAGAACUUGGUGAUGCCGCCAAGGACCUUGUUGGCCAGGAAGUUACCAUCGGUGGCCGCAAGAUCAAGGUUGCCGAAGCUUCUGAUGACGAGGAUGGUGAUAUUGAGGACAUUGAUCUCGAUGAUGAGGAUGACUGGGAGGAUUUCACUACCGUCACGCCCUUGGCUCUUGAGAAGGAGAUUGCCGUCGAGGUUAUCGGCGAUUUGAUCAGCCACACCAAGGGUGCUUAUCUCCCAUACUUCGAGAAGACCAUUGAGUUGGUUCUUCCUCUUACUGAACACCCCUAUGAAGGUGUUCGCAAGAGCACUAUUAGCACUCUCCACCGUGCUUAUGCCACAUUGUUCGCUUUGGCAGAGGAGAACGGCCAGAUGCCCAAGUGGCAAGCCGGUCUUCCGCUUAAGGUGCAGCUUCCUGUUGAGGUUCAAAAGUUCGCCGAGAUUCUGAUGACUGCCACCAUCAAGUUGUGGGGUGAGGAAAGUGACCCGGCCACUGUUGGUGAUCUCUGCGGAAACCUUGCCGAAAACCUUCGUUACACCGGUCCCGCCCUUGUUGCCAACGAGUCGGUCUUGACCAACGUUGUCCAACAGGUCACUGACCUCAUCAACAAGAAGCACCCCUGCCAGCAGGAAUUUGCCGAAGAUGAAGAGCUCCAAGAGGCUGGUGAUGAGACAUCUGAGUUCGAUUGGAUUGUUAUUGACCGUGCUCUUGAUGUGGUUUCGGGAUUGGCUGCAGCGCUUGGCCCUGACUUCCCUGAGCUUUGGAAGAUCUUUGAGAAGAGCGUUCUCCGCUUCGUCAGCAGCUCUGAGAACAUCGAGCGCGCUACUGCCGUUGGUACCCUCGCUGAGGUCAUCACUGGAAUGAAGGAUGCCGUCACUCCGUUGACUGGUCGUUUCUUGCCUCUCCUCUUGAAGCGUCUCGAUGACGAGGACCCUCAGACCAAGUCCAACGCUGCCUAUGCCACCGGACGUCUGAUCGAGGCAACCAAUGAUGCGUCUAUCGUUUCUCAGUUCCCUACCAUCCUCCAGAAGCUCGAGCCUUGCCUCCAGCAGCAGGCUUCUCGUCUGCCUGACAACGCCACUGGUUGCUUGUCUCGCAUGAUCCUCAAGCAGCACGAUAAGGUUCCAAUUGCGGACGUGCUCCCUGCCAUUGUCAGUAUUCUUCCCUUGAAGAACGACUAUGAGGAGAAUGAGCCCUUGUACAAGAUGAUUGCACAGCUCUACAAAUGGGAGGACCCUACCGUGCGUCAACUCACUCCUCAGCUUCUUCCCAUCUUCCAGGCCGUCCUCUCCGAUGAUGACCAGUUGGAAGACGAACGCCGCAAGGAGGUGAUGGAACUCGCCUCAUGGCUCAACAAAUAA